AUGGCAGAUCAAUUGAACCCUACUCUCCAAGUACUUGUCCUCAUUUCUCUUACCUCGUCUUUAGCAAUGGGAGCUGUACAGUACAAUGUACUAAAUUAUGGUGCCAAACCUGAUGGCAACACUGAUUCAACGAUGGCCUUCCUAGCCGCUUGGACACAAGCCUGUGCCUCAACAAAAUCAGCCAACAUAUAUGUUCCUAAAGGAAGCUUCUUUCUUCGUAAAGUUGCAUUCCAGGGUCCUUGCAAGAACAGUGCUAUUGUUCUGCGUAUAGAUGGUACCCUUGUGGCUCCUUCGGAUUACAGGGUCAUUGGCAGUUCUGGGAAUUGGAUAAUCUUUGAACAUGUCCGUGGGGUUACUGUUUCUGGUGGGACUCUCGAUGGAAAAGGUACUGGAUUGUGGUCUUGCAAGGCCUCUGGCAAGAAUUGCCCCGUCGGUGCAACGUCACUUGAAUUCACAAAUUCAAACAACAUUGUGAUCAGCGGAUUGGCAUCACUGAAUAGCCAAAUGUUCCACAUUGUCAUCAAUGAAUGCCAAAACGUCAAAAUGCAAGGGCUGAAAAUUAUGGCCUCCGGGGAGAGCCCCAACACCGACGGAAUUCAUGUUGAAGCAUCAACUGGUGUCACCAUCCUAAAUUCUAAGAUAAGUACAGGGGAUGAUUGUGUAUCAAUUGGCCCUGGAACUAGUAAUUUGUGGGUUCAAAAUGUUGUCUGUGGACCUGGCCAUGGAAUCAGCAUUGGAAGUUUAGGCAAGGACCUUCAAGAAAGUGGAGUGCAGAACGUGACAGUCACAGGAACUACAUUUUCUGGAACUGAAAAUGGAGUGAGAAUCAAGACCUGGGGGAGACCCAGCAAAAGUUUUGUUAGGAGCAUUGUUUUUCAACAUCUUGUCAUGAAUAAUGUUCAAAAUCCUAUUAUAAUUGAUCAAAAUUACUGUCCUAAUAACAACAAUUGCCCUGGCCAGGCUUCUGGGGUAAAAAUUAGUGGUGUGACCUACCUAGAUAUACAUGGAUCUUCAGCAACAGAAACUGCAGUGAAAUUAGAUUGUAGUAAGAAGAACCCAUGUUCUGGGAUUCGAUUAAAGGGUAUAAAUCUCACUUACAAGAACCGACCAGCGGAAGCAUCAUGCAACAAUGCCAGUGGAGCCUGUUUAUAGAGGGAAAACUAGCAAUUUUUAUAUUCUUUCAAUCAAAUAGCAUCACAUAUAAAUUUUUCAUAUUAUG